AGCAGAGUUUGAAGGCUGCAGGGGGCUGCCUGGAGGCUACUGCCCAUGCUGUGUCCUCCUGCAGGUUCCUGCAUCAUGAGCACAGGUGAGGACGCCAGGUGGCUGCAGUGGGUGACCAAACAGUUUGAGAGCAUCGCUGGAGAGGACAAAGAAAUCAACUUGGAGGAGUUCAGAACUGCUCUCCAGGUGAAGGAGUCCUUCUUUGCUGAGAGGUUCUUUGCCCUGUUCGACACGGACGGGAGCGGCACCAUUAGCUUGGAGGAGCUGCUGAAAGCCCUGAGCCUGCUUGUGCAUGGCACUGAGAUGGACAAGCUGAGGUUCCUCUUCCAGGUGUAUGAUGUGGAUGGCAGCGGCUCCAUCGACCCUGACGAGCUGCGCCUGGUGCUGCGGUGGUGCCUGCAGGAGAGUGCCAUCACCCUGCCCGAGGAGCGCCUGGGGGACCUCACCCUGGCCCUCUUUGAGGCUGCUGACAAGGACCACAGCGGCUCCAUCACGUUUGAGGAGCUCAAAGAGGAGCUGGAGGCUUGCCCAGAGGUCAUGGAGAACCUGACCAUCAGUGCAGUGAGCUGGCUGAAGCCCCCACCAGCCGUGGAGAGGAGCCACCAGCCACGCUGCCUGACCCGGGCCUACUGGCAUAACCACCGUGGCACAUUGGUCUUCCUGGGGGGCUACACCAGCCUCAACCUCCUGCUCUUCUCCCUGGCUGCCCUGCACCACGCCAGUCGUGGUGGCUGGGUGAUGGUGGCCCGGGGCUGUGGGCAGUGCCUGAACUUCAACUGCACCCUCCUAGCAGUGCUGAUGCUGCGGAGGUGCCUGACCUGGCUGCGAGCCACCCCCGUGGCCAAGGUUGUGCCCCUGGACCAGCACGUUGUUUUCCACCAGCUCGUGGGGUACGUGGUGCUGGCACUGGCAGCUGUGCACACAGGUGCCCACCUUGCCAACUUCAGCAGGCUGGCACGGCAGGAGGGGCACCAUGCCCUCACCGAGUACCUCUUCUCAGCCCUGCCCGAGGUGGGGGGCCUGGGGGGCACGGCCUCGCAGACAGGACUGGCGCUGCAGGGGCUGCUGGCUGCCAUGCUCGCCUUCUCCAGCCCCUGCGUCCGGCGCAGCGGCCACUUCGAGGUCUUCUACUGGACCCACCUUUCCUACAUCUCUGUCUGGACCCUCCUCACCCUCCAUGGCCCCCAUUUCUGGAAGUGGUUUGUGGUCCCUGGUUGCCUCUUUGUGCUGGAGAAGGUGCAGGGCUUGGCUUGGCGGCGUGCCGGGGGGCUGCGCAUCGUGGAGGUCAACCUGCUCCCCUCCAAGGUGACUCACCUUGUGAUUGAGAGGCCACAGUCUUUCCACUACAAGCCUGGAGACUACAUCUACCUGAACAUCCCAGCCAUUGCCACCUACGAGUGGCAUCCCUUCACCAUCAGCAGUGCUCCUGAGCAGCAAGAGACCUUCUGGCUGCACAUCAGGUCUCUGGGCCAGUGGACCAACAAGCUCUAUGAAUACUUCCAGGAGCCCAAAUCUCCCAUACCAGAGCCAAAACCACUCAGCAGGAGCCUGAGGAAGAAGAGACAACAGUGCUGGGUCCAGGAAGGUCUCUGCAGCAGAAUCAGCUCUGAGAAGGGGUUAGUGGCCACUGGUGAGGAUGGAUCCAUUCAGCUGAAGUCAUACAAAACUACCUGCACUGCUGCCUCAAGAGAGGAGGACCCACCAAUGGAGGGGGUCUCCACUGGGCUGGGCGAGACCCAUCGGCUCUGCAGUGUCAAGUGCUACAUCGACGGCCCCUACGGGACCCCGACGCGGAAGAUCUUCGGCUCGGAGCACGCUGUGCUCAUCGGCGCCGGCAUCGGCAUCACUCCCUUCGCCUCCAUCCUGCAGAGCAUCAUGUACAGGUACCGCCGACGAAAGCAGAGCUGCCCCAGCUGCCACUACUCAUGGUGUGGGGACCUGCAGGACGAGGAGAUGGCACUCAGGAAGGUUGACUUCAUCUGGAUAAACAGGGACCAGAAGCAUUUUGAGUGGUUUGUCAGCCUGCUAACAAAGCUGGAAAUGGAGCAGGCUGAGCAGGAGGCAGGAGGGAGGUUUCUGGAGAUGCACAUGUACAUGACAUCAGCCCUCAGCAAGAAUGACAUGAAAGCCAUCGGGCUGCAGAUGGCUCUGGACCUCCUGGCCACCAAGGAGCAGAAGGACUCCAUCACAGGACUUCGGACCAGGACCCAGCCUGGCCACCCUGACUGGGGCAAGGUGUUUGGGAAGGUGGCAGAGGAGAAAAGAGGGAAGGUCCAGGUCUUCUUCUGCGGCCCACCAGCGCUUGCCAAAGUCAUCAGGGCACAAUGCGAGCGCUUUGGCUUCCCCUUCUUCAAGGAACACUUCUAGCCAUGGCCUUAGCCUCCCUGCCUGCCCCACCAGCCCAGAGGCAGGGCAAUGGGCACCAGCACCACCUGGGCUGCCUCCAGGCUGCUCCUCGGUCAGGGCUGGAGAGGGUGGGAAGCACCAUGAGUGAGGGACAGGGAGGAGAAUGGCUCAGCUGGGCCAUGGGGCUUUGAGGGGCAUGGGAUGGGCUCCUGGAGCCACUUGGGGGAUCCUGGAGCAUCCUGCAGGGGUUUUGAGGGGCAAAGA